GUUUCUCUGUCUAUUUUUAUUUUAUUUUUUAAAUUCUUCAUUAUAUCGGAUGCGUAACUCCGUUACGGCAACUACACGCGCCGUGUCGUUCUCGUGAAAUGCAUCUGGCAUCACUGUACACCGCCGCGAUCGCGCCACCAUUGGCCGCGAUUCAGUACCUAGCUAGUAACUGUCUUCCCUGUGCUUCUAUAUAAAGAAGAAAAAGAAGCAUCUUUGCAGAAAGGAUUCCCAGAAAGCAACCAUGGAUGUUGAUUCACAGCCAACUAUGGAGGAAACUAUUUUGGUUGGUGAUGAUCUAAUGAUGGGUCCUCCAUCACCAAUAGUACCGCCGGAAAUAGCUUCGCAUGUGCUCCAAGGUGUUGAUCUAUGUGAUGGGAUUCUGAGGAAUCUAUUUUUGUGCUUGCAAAUCAAUGACAUUGAACCAUUCUGUCAAGACGAGAUUGCUCUAUAUAAACAAUGUGCUGAAAGAAGGGAUAAGGAGAUAAGAAAUCGGCUUCAAGAUAGUGAAUUCAAAUUGGGUUCAUCAUUGCCUUUAGAUGCAGCGAAGGAGAGGACUACUCAGCUUGAGGGAGAAGUUACAUCAUUGGAGAGGCGCUCAAUUCUUGCUAGUGGAGUUGAGGGCAUUGAAGGUUUCCGCCAAAGAUGGAGCUUGCAUGGCCGCCUUACGGAUUCUAAAAAAAGGUUGGAAUUUUUAAAGCGGGGCAUAGUUGGAAGAAAAGCAUGAAUCCAUAUUAAAAUUUGGUACUUGAGGAGAAGGUUAUACCUGCAUCAGGAGCCGAACAAUGUUUAUCUUCCACUCCAUAUUAAAAUUACAGAUGUUCUUUUGCUUUUUAAUAGUCAUUUUUAUGAUAUACUAGUAUCUGUAAUAUCUAAUAUGUAUUAGAGUUAUUCUCAAAUAAAGAGAGUAUCAUAUUCAUCCAAGUGUUUUUGACCAAAGCCAUCUUGUGUUCAAAGGUGUAAGUGAACUAUUUAUUUUAAAUGUAAAUUAAAUAAUAUCAUUCAUGAAUAA